AUGAAGCUGGUAACUGUCUUCCUGCUGGUGACCAUCACCAUCUGUAGUUACUCUGCUACUGCCUUCCUUUUUAAUAAGCUGCCUGUCCCUGUUGACAAGGUGCUACCAUUACCCCUGGACAACAUUCUUCCCCUCAUGGACCCACUGAAGCUUCUUCUGAAAACUCUGGGUAUUUCUGUUGAGCACCUUGUGGAAGGGCUAAGGAAGUGCGUGGAUGAGCUUGGACCAGAGGCUUCUGAGGCUGUGAAGAAACUGCUGGAGGCCCUUUCACAUCUGGUGUGA